AUGUUCACAAUAGCCGCCGUGAUCGCCGAUUGUGUUCCGAGAGUGCAUCGAAAACGGUGGGCCUUUGAACGCAACGAAAGGUGGUUCAAGGAUACGUUGUCGCAUUUGGGGGACUUCCAUUUCAAGCAGGCCCUGCGUGUUUCACCAAGUACAUUCCGGUACCUUCUUGAAUCACUAAAAAGUCUCAAGCGUGAAGAUACGAACAUGCGAGGAGCAAUAUCGCUCGAGAAACGGGUUGCUGUCGGUCUUUACGGGCUGUGCUCGACAGCAGAGGACAGGACAAUUGCACAUUUAUUCGGCGUUGGUCGAUCAACAGUGAACACAAUAUUCAGGGAGUUUUGUGGUGCAGUGAUUGAGCACCUCGAAAGUGAGUGGCUACGCAUGGUGCGGCCUGAUGAGAUGGAGUCUCAUAUGCGAAAGUUCUUUGCUCUCAGCGGCUUUUCACAUGCUGUCGGCGCGCUGGACAGCUGCCACUUUCCCGUCUCCCCCCCAAAGCUCCAUGCAGUUGACUACCACAACUACAAGGGGUGGUACAGCAUCAUACUCCUUGUGUUAGUGGAUCACCGGUAUCGGUUCAGGUACAUCACCCUGGGAAGCCCUGGGAGGUGCCACUUCGACCGAAAGUUUCACGGGAGUGACUGCGCAUUGGAUCGAUGA